ACAAAUAAAUACCUACCUGUUGAACGUGGCAAGAACUUUUUCUUUUUAUUUAAAUUUCAUAUAAAUAUUCAUUACGUUAAUUUUAGUUUAAAUUAGAUAAAAUUACAACAUAAAAAAAAAAAAUCAUUUUGAAAAUAAUUCAAUAGAAUUUGAAUUUAUUCGCGUUUGCAAAUAUGAAUACUGUCCACGACGAAUUUACUCAGAGAAGACACACACAAAAUCGUUAUAUAAUUUCAGUAAUAGUUUAUUUGGCAUUAUUGGCGGAUAACAUUUUAUUAACAGUAAUUGUUCCAAUAUUACCUGAUUUUUUGGCGGAAAUUAAUAAUAAAACAGAAGUGGGUGUACCACAGAGUGUUGUUUAUAAAAAUUAUGAUUUACAUUAUGUACCAAAUAUUUUAACAAAACAUCCAAUACCCGGCAAAUCAUUAAUUAAUUCAACAUCAAAAAUUAAUGAUGAUAAAACUUUUUUGACAGUGACGCAUUCAAGAUCAUUUGAUAAAGAAAAUUUUUCAAUUGGCUUAUUAUUAGCAAUGAAAGCAUUCGUUCAAUUAAUUUGUAAUCCAAUAAUUGGUGGUCUUACAACAACAAUUGGAUUUUAUUUUCCAAUUUGUUUUGGAACAUGCUGUAUUUUUAUUUCAUCAUUUGUUUUUGCCACUGGACAAACUUAUACAACAAUUUUAUUAGCAAGAAUGUUACAAGGUGUUGGUUCGUCAUGUAUUAGUGUAUGUGGAAUGAGUUUGGUUGCUCAACUUUAUCCUGAAGAAGACAAACGUUCUAAAAUUAUGGGAGUAAUUUUGGGCAGUGUUGCUCUAGGUGUACUAAUUGGUUAUCCACUUGGUGGAAUUGCAUAUGAUUUCGUGGGAAAAUCUGCACCUUUUGUUAUGCUGUGUGUUUUCAUAGCUUUUAUAAUUGCUCUCCAAAUAUUACAUAUGGAAUUUAAUAAAACUCCUGAUAUAGUUAUUGAAGCAGAAAAACCUAAAUGGAAAUUUUUACUGAAAAAUCAACUUGUAAUGGCUCUUGCUUUGGGAAUAUUAUUAUCUACUUCAGCUAUGGCAAUUUUGGAGCCGUGUUUACCUUUAUGGUUGCUUCAAAAUCUUAACCCAAAAAAAUGGCAGCUGGGAACCGUUUUUAUUCCAGAUUCAAUUGGAUAUUUUAUUGGAACCAACUUUUUUGGAAUGAUCGCAUAUAAUUUUGGCCAAAUCAAAAUUUCAUGUAUUGCCCUAGCAACUGUUGGUAUAUCAUGUUUAGCGAUUCCUAUUGCGGAUUCCGUGUACAAAUUGUUGCUGCCCCAUUUUUGUUUAGGAAUGAGUAUCGGUAUAAUUGACGCGGCAUUAGUGCCUUUAUUAGCUUCGUUGGUAGAAUUAAAAAUCAACGAUGAUGAAUCAACAGCAAGUGGAGAAAUUUAUAUAAGUUAUGGUUCCGUUUAUGCAAUACAACAAACUUCUGUUAGUCUUGCAUAUAGUUUGGGCCCUUUAAUUGGCGGAGAGCUUGCAGAGACAAUUGGUUUCCCUUGGUUAAUGAGAAUUGUGGGUUUGUUAAAUAUUGCUUAUGGACCCUCCUUAAUUAUUCUUUAUCGAACAUAUCAUCAGGUUUGUUUAGUAAAAGAAAAUCAGCUAAUACUUUCUAACAGUGAUGAAGUACCAAAUUAUAAGCGCUUAUACAAUUCAAUUGACUAAAUGAAUUCUACUCUUACAUAUUACAGAAAAAAGUUAUAGUUCAUUAAAAGUUCAUUUUAAGUUAUAGGUACAAAUAGUCGAAUUUUUUCUUUCGGAUAAUUUUUAUAAAAUUGAAUUUGUGUUAACUCGAAAGUUCCAAUUUGGCGGCCAAUUUCAUCCAAAAAUUGAAUAUUUCAAGGUGUAUACAUAAUCUACAGCAUAUUAAAGUUUAAAUAUAUA